CGUACCAUGGACAUUGCCGCAAACUCUGAAAGCAGCUGGAGUUGUAUGCGUUCUUUAUUUAUUAACAGUUGUUAAAUUCUUGCCGAAUUACAUGAAAAAUAGAAAACCAUACAGUUUGAAGUCAGUUAUUUUACUGUACAAUGUUGUUCAAGUUGUAUUAUCCGCUUACAACUUCUACUUGUUUGCCGUUUAUACGUUUCAAUUCGGACUAUUCCCGAGCAAAUGUUCUAAUGACGUGAAUCUGCAAAUGAUGAAAUCAAUAUUACCACCGAUUAUGUGGUACUUUAUAGCGAAGAAUUUAGAUUUACUAGACACUGUCUUCUUUGUCCUUCGCAAGAAAUUCAACCAAGUGACGUUCCUACAUGUAUAUCAUCACUUCGUAAUGGUUGCUUGGGGCUGGAUCUAUUAUAACCACUUCCCUACAGAUAUAUAUGUGUUCGUUGCAAUGCUAAAUUGCUUUGUACAUGUGGUAAUGUACACAUACUAUGCAUUGGCCUCCUUGGGACCGCAGUAUGCUAAAUAUAUUUGGUGGAAAAAAUAUCUUACGACGCUGCAAUUGACACAAUUCCUUCUGAUCAUCUGUUACCUUAUUUAUCAUAAUAAGACAUCACCUUGUCCUCCCCCGCGCCUGUUGCAUUGGUAUGGAGUCGGCAGAGUGGCGUUGAGGUACAGUAUUUCUUACUAA